AUGCCGUGGAUUUAUCCUAAUCUUGGAUGCUCAGGUUUCUCUAUAAAUACGGAUCCCUCUCCCUUGCCCUUGGUCAUUUUGCAUUCCCACCCCUCCACUUUUUCCAGCCGCCACAGCCUUCUUCCUCCUCUCCCCACACGCACAGCUCUCUUCUUCCCUGUGCAUGGCGCAGAAAAAUCUCCCAGCCGUGCAGCAGCUCUGCACGCUCCCCUCGGCCACCAUGGCGCCCUCCUCCCUACUCCCUGCUGGCGAGCAGCAGCUCCAUGGCGCCCAGAUUUUUUUUUCCAGGAGAGAGCUUCUUCCCUGCAGGUUGCCAGCAGCCUUCUCCCUGGCCGCCGAGCUCCCUGUUCCCCUGCUCCAAGGGCGCGCACCCACCUCCCAGCGCCCUUCUUCCCCCUAGCGCUCGCUCCCUGCAGGCGAGCAGCUCGACCCCUUCCUCCCUGCGCAGCAGCUCUGCCCACUCCACCUUGGUCAGCGCAGGGCCCCUCUGAUCCGAGCUCGAGCAGUGAGCUCACCGUCGCUCAUGGAGCCCCCACUCCCUGCUACACUUUCUCCCGGCCUCCUCUGCCCAGCGCCCCUUUUUCCCUGUUGGCCGUGGAUGUUGGCGCCCUCUCUAAAACAGCAAGUUUCCAGCGCCCCCUACAUCUCCUAUGGAAAACAGCAAGCCCCCACGGCGUCCUGGUGUUCUCGCUGCUCGACUUGGCCUCGCGAGCUCGCUGUCGGGACACCCUAGCCGCUGCUCCACCGCGCGCACUACCUGCUCGACGAUAUGCGCAGCCGACUGCAUGCUGUCUUGCUUGUGUUGUGCGCAGCCCUGCUCGCCUCUUUUCGGUGUUGUCAAACUGUCGGUGUGGAGCACUGUGUCGGGGACAACAUCGUCAACUUUUAUUCUGGCGUGCUGCUCAAUCCGUGCUGUCCCGCUGUGCGUCGUAGCGCUGUGAAUCCACGGCAUGGUCUCGACGUCGCUCUCCUUGCAACGCCCCCUUGCAGCCACACCCCUGCAGCUCCCGCACGCCGCACCACAAAAAAAAUCCCGCAACCACGCCUCUCCUCGCGCUUGCCGUGCUGUCGCGCGCAGCGAGAACCAUAGCGCCAUGACUUGUUCCGGCUCGGCGAGAGCAGCCGCGUCGUCAAUCCGUGCAGCCCCGACGUCUCCACGUCUCACUUUGCCGGGUCUGCACAGCCUCUUCGCGCCAUGCGAACAGCAGCAACAACUAAGUUAUUUUUGGACCGAGAGAUGAUGGUCGAGCCAGUGAUGUGGUGCCAACCACAAGACGCAGUUGGUGGACGGCCUGAAGAAUGGACUUAACCAGUGGAUGCUCGCCAAGCGAGUACCCUCCCCCAACAAACACUAUCUAAGUGUUAAAUUAAA